GUCCUCCGCGAGUUUUUGCUCCUUCCCUCUUUCUCCACUAUCUCCCAGAAAACGCGCUGUCGUUUUCAAUCAAAAAUUUCCAAUUACACUUCUAAUUUCCCUCUCCCUUCCAUUUGCAUACAUGUUUCUGUUUGUUUGUGGUUGGGGACGUGAUUCCAAAUUCUUGAUCCUUUGAUAGUGAUAUCGAUACUAUCUGCUGCUUGUCAAGUCUCCCUUUCUCUUUCACUCUUUGAUCAAACCCCUAGCUUUCUUCCCUCUUUCUCUCUUUUCUGUUGGAUUUUCAAGGUGAGGGGGGGAGGACUAAAUGAUCCACUGCUAAAUGAUCCUGGAGACCUAGAUUUUAUUGAUUUGGAUUUUUUUUCUAAGUUUUGAUCUUGCUUUCUGCAAUUUUUGGCCUGUUUUUUUUUAUACUUGGGCACUUAAAAUCUUGGAUUUUGUGGACUUUCCAUAUCGUUUGUAUUUGAUUCUUGGUGUUGGGUUCCUCUCAUUUCUGUUACUGGUGUCAAAUCCACAGAAAAGUGUUUUUUUUUUUUUUUUUUUUUUUUUUUUUUUUUGCGUGGGUGGGUUGGUGAUUACUGCAUUUUUUACUGAUUAAUUUCGCAUUAAAGCAGUCCAAAUUUUGCAUGAGAGGAAGUGGUUGCAGCUGUUAGACUCAAAUACCACUAAGAGUUUAGGAGAUUUCUUUAAUUGAAUGGAGUGAGAAACAAAAGGGGGAAAGAAAUGGCACGGCAAAUAGGAGACAAGGAAGAUAGAUCAGAUAGGCACACGGGUUUGCUAAAACUGGUGCAAAUAUUAUCUUUUUUAGUUGUUUUUAUGGCGGGUAUGAUAAUGGGUUUAGCAACAAGUUCUCAAAUCAAUCAGUACUUCACUUCACAAGCUCGCCUGUUCUUCAAUAAUAACAUAGCAGCAACAAAAUUCCCAGCUAGUAAUUGCACAAUUUUGAAACCUUGUAAGAAGGUCGAUUGUUUUAGUAUGGAUACGUUUCUUCAUCCAAACAACUUGACUCAUGGUAUGACUGAUGAGGAGCUUUUUUGGAGGGCUUCUUUGAUGCCAACUAAGGAAGAGUAUCCCUUUGAUAGAUUGCCUAAAGUGGCUUUCAUGUUUUUGACUAGAGGGCCUUUGCCUAUGUUGCCAUUGUGGGAGAGGUUCUUUAGAGGUCAUGAGAAGUAUUUCUCUAUCUAUAUCCAUACGCCUGAGGACUAUGUGCUCAAUGUUUCAAGGGAUUCUCCAUUCUACAGUAGGCAAAUACCGAGUCAGCAUGUUGAAUGGGGAACGGUUUCACUGGUUGAUGCUGAGAAGCGCCUUCUAGCCAAUGCCCUGCUGGAUUUCUCAAAUGAGCGGUUUGUUCUUCUCUCUGAGAGCUGCAUACCAGUCUACAAUUUCCCAAUUGUAUACAAGUACCUCAUUAAUUCUGAAUAUAGCUUUGUCGAGUCAUAUGAUGAUCCCUCUCGUUAUGGUCGUGGCCGCUACAACCGUAAAAUGCUCCCUGAUAUCAAGCUCUUUCAGUGGAGAAAGGGGUCUCAAUGGUUUGAGAUCCAUCGGGCUCUGGCUGUUCAUGUAGUCUCAGACACCAAGUACUAUUCUGUCUUCAAGAAAUAUUGCAGGCCUGCCUGCUAUCCUGAUGAGCAUUACAUUCCAACUUAUCUGAACAUGUUCCAUGGACCGCUUAAUGCGAAUCGCACAGUAACUUGGGUCGAUUGGUCGCUGGGGGGGCCCCAUCCAGCAACCUACAUGAAAGUUAAUGUUACAGAAAGCCUUAUACAGUCUAUUAGGAAUAAUGGGACAGAAUGUUCAUACAAUUCAGAGAUGUCAUCUAUUUGUUACCUCUUUGCUCGAAAGUUUCAUCCAAGCACACUGGAGUCCUUGCUUAACCUCACCUCAACAGUAAUGGGAUUCUGACUUUUCAUUUUCUUUUCGUGGCAGAGGUAUGACACCAUUUCUAUAGUGCUCCUAUACAUGAUUGGCACUUUGGCAGGCUGCUUUCAUAAAGUUUUGUCAGGACGCAGAUGUACAGUUGAUUUCUUUUUUCGGUCAUUGGGGUUCUUGAGCAUUAAGGGAAUUGCUAUUUGUUGAUCAAAUUUUGAGAAUAUUAGCUAGCUUUUCAAGUAGAAGAACAACUCAGGAAGCUUAUGUCAAUGAUUCCUGAGAUCAUUUUGGUUGAUAAUCAGGUAGUAGGGGGUCUUAAAUCUUUGUUUUGUACAAGGAAAGUUUUGCAGAUGCAGUAGUUCACACUGCUUGCUAGAGUUUUUUUUUU